AUGACCUGGGCGUCGGAGUGCGGGCGGACAACCGGGCCGAAGCGCCCGCGGACGCUUGCCAGCGCCCUCCUCGCCUCGUGCGCGGUGCUUGUCCUGCAGUCUGCUUUUCGCGUCGCUCUGGGUGCCGUAGAGCCUCCCCCGGUGCCGUGCAACUGUUCUGACGUCGAUCCAAGACGGGGAUACAACGACCGCGUGGAGUUCUCCUGCAUGGAGCAGCGGCAGCUGGGUCAGUGCACGAAGCCGUUUAUGUUUGACAGCGUCAAGGAGGUGCCGGAGGGAUACUGCAUGAUCAGCUGCGGCCGCUGCGACUGCUGCGAGAGUGCCUGGGAAGUGAUCGGCAACAUCACCGGCGCGGACGUGAGCGAGUACGUAGAGGCCGCGCGCGCCGUCGGCUUCAGCCGCGACCUCGACGAGCCUGGCUUCAUGGGGACCGUCCUGGUGCCCACCUCGCAAGCAUUCGAGCAGUUCUUCCGGCAGUCGGAGGGCACGCCGUGGCGGGACCUUGCCAGCACGUCCGAGGGAAGGAAGCGGCUCAAGGACAUCCUGCGGCACAACGCGCUCGCCCCGACGGACGUCAUCAAGGCGGUGUGGACCACCCCGUUCAUGACAGGAGGCCACGGCAGCGCAAAGACGCUCGUGGGCGGCGACGUGUGGUUCUCGCGACCCGAGGGCGGGCGGCGCAUCGUUGCGAGCAACGAGCGGGCCAGCGUGGAUCUUCUCGAGGGCUACAGGGACCUGCCCGCGUGCAAGGCGUACGUCAACGUCGUCAGCUGGGUGCUCCCGAUGCCUACGCCUCGCGUCGAGGCGGCGGACGCGGGGCCGUAG